AUGGCGAAGGAGUGGAAAAAAUCCCGGAGCAGCGCCAGGUCUCUCAAUGACCUCGUCGGCAUGGGGCUGCUGCAUAGCCAAGAGCUCGGCGGCUGGAGGGCGCCGGAAGGGGAGAGUUAUCCCGAACCUCGUGCUGACAACAGUUUCGUCCGGAGUGGUGAUCGGAUACAGGCUUUCAAGCUAGGACGACCAGCUCCCAAGAUUGGAGACGUUGACCGGUGCGCAGUGUACAUAUCACUGGUGCCUGGCAUGGAGAACCCCGCGGGGGUAGACCCACCAGAAGUCGACGCUGCUCGCGCGGCAUCGAACGUCGACCCUGACCACGUUGCAGGCCAGAGGGCGGCCGAGCCUGUGGCUGCCGUUGGGGACGCCCCGCCGCAGACCACGGAGCAGCCUGCGGCGACAACCACUGCCACGAGCACCGAGGAGCAUCCGGCCCCAGCAAGUGCCACGGCGAGCACCCCGACGAGGAACGAGGAAGCUGCGAGGACGCCUCCCCCGAGUAACGUUGUGGAGGAGGAGAGCAGAGCCCUGACUCCUCCAGGCGAAGAAAGGGGAGUCCCAACACCGCCCCGAGCAGGGAACUCGUCGCCCGUAGGCUCCCCUGGCCUAGACCAGGGGCCAGUGAUGCCUGCGACCACAGCUGGUGGCAGUUCGGCGAACGAGGAGACCCGGACGGCCUCUGACGAUGACGUGGAGGAGAUCCAAGUUGAUUUCAAGCUCCCUCGUGUCGUCGACCAUUGA